AUGUGUCCUCUCAGGUUCAUCCUUGUCUUUUUCUCCGCCGCAUUGGCAGCUUAUUUUGCCUGGACCACCGUACGUUCCUCCCCAGAGAUUGACCUCACCACCCAAGACCAGAACAACAAAGCCUCCUCCAAUAAGGAUCAUUUCAGUUUCAACAAGAUGAUUCAGAAUGGAUUCUGGGUAUUUGUUGACAUGGCCAGCGGGAGGUAUAUAUGGAGAAAUUUGAUAUCCAGGACAGAUGUUGUUCAAGUAAAGAGCUCUUAGAUGUUGGAACUUCUCAAAUCUUGAUUGUUGAUGCAGAAACUUUUAAUUCAUUGUUUUAUUUUCACUCCCAGUUUGAAGAAACCUGUAAAUUCUUGUCAUCCUUUUCUUUCUGCAAAUGCUUGAUAGGUAAAUGGGAAAGAGCUUGUACAAUUCUACUAAUUUUGCAAACUAAUUUCGGUGUUUAUUUUCCAAAGCCUAGUGCCUCAUUCUCAACACUUUUUUCUCCCUUC